UGUUUUUCUUAGUGUUUCAAUAAUCUAUCAGAUGUAUUGACAUGAGAUUAUUGGUGUGAUUUCAGAAGGAAAGCAUGUGUGCAGUGGUGUUUUCUUCUUCUUGCUUGUUUGAUGGGGAAGUGAAACCAGCUUCUCGAUGUGGAAGCGUCGCCAUUAACGAGGAACUCAGAGGAACGGACGCACUCAGACGGAAUAUGAACUAUUUAAGCAUUCUCCGGUUGAGUAGCUGAGUAGAUCAGACGCUCGGGGCGGAGAUGGACGACUCUGUGUGCAUCAGGUUCGAGGUGAUCCGUGAUGAAUGUCUGCAGGGCUGGAGGAGCAUCGGAACCGGCGGAUUCGGCCAGAUCUACCGAGCGAAGCACAAGACCUUGGGCAUGGACGUGGCCAUAAAGUUAUUACACUAUAAAGACGGACCGGCGUCCUCCAUCCAGAGGGAAGCUCUCCUGAUGUUCCAGGGCGGGAAUCCUAACGUGAUCCGGAUCUUGGGUCUGUACGAGGGCCGUGUGGGCGAGGGCCGAGGGCUGGUGAUGGAGUUCAUGCCCAAGGGUUCGGUGGCGGAUCUGCUGCAGACGCUGGCCGGGCCGCCGCCGUGGCCUCUGACCUUCCGCAUGACGCACCAGAUCAGCCUGGGCAUGAACUUCCUCCAUCAUCUGACUCCUCCGCUCCUGCAUCUGGACCUCAAGCCCAGCAACGUGCUGCUGGACGACAGCCUCAGAGCCAAGCUGACAGAUUUCGGUCUGUCGCGAGUGGCUCGAAGCGUUUCUAGAUGCUCCAGAGAGAAAGACGAGGAUGAUGGAGGGACACUGAGCUACAUGCCUCCUGAAGCGCUGCAGUCUGUCAACUACAAAGCCAGCAAAGCCACUGACGUCUACAGUUACGGCGUUCUGCUGUGGUCCAUCGUCACCGGGAAGGAGCCGUAUGAAGACGCUCUGUCCAGUCUGGUGCGCUUCCGGAUCCCUCAGGGGGACAGACCGGACCUGUCCUCCAUAGACCCCCGCAGGGUUAAAGGGCUGGAAGAUAUGGUGAAGCUCAUGACCGAGUGCUGGCAUCAGGAUCCCAGCAGGAGACCGUCGUUCCUCGACUGUGUUCAUGCGACUGAGAAGAUCUCUAAUAUGCACAAACAUGGACUCAAUGAUGCCGUCUAUGAUGUUCUGAAGCAGCUGGAUGAUGACAUUUGUUCCGGUUUGAAAUCAAUCCAGAUCAGCCGUCAACCACACAACGAAGCACAGCCUCAGGCUUCGUCCUGCGUCACUGGACCACUUCCCAAACAGGAAACAGCUGCCAGUUACACAAAAUCCAUAAAGAAAGGUAAUCUGAGCUCCAGAGAUGAAUUCACAGAAGCAUUUCCUCGUCCUGCUCCGCCGGUGAUGCAGAUCAGAACAACACAGCGGCAGAUUUCAACACCAGGCGGAGCUCAGAUCACCAUGUCCAACGUCUGUGGAGUUCAGAUCGGCAACAACAACAGCAUGAAUAUAGUUCAGAAACCGCGGCAGAGGCACCGGACGGCUCCUUCCAGCGUCGGCAGGUCACAGAACUCGGAGAACUCACAGAAAAAACCUCAGUGACAUCUUCACACAGGAAUCAGCUCUCGUUCAGCUCUCAGGAGUUGAGAGUGUUUUAGUGGCUAGACUAUAACUGAGUCAAAGGGAAAUAGAAUUUCAAUGCGGCUGAAAAAUAUUCAGGCCUAAAUGUAGGAUUCAUGUAUUUGAACCGCAUAUAAAAUAUCCAUGCAUUUGGAUUACACAGUAUAACAUUAACUAACCAAUAAAUGUAAUGAGAUGCAUAUUUGUUAGUCGUGCAUAAAGUCAGAUUAAUAAUA